CGGAAACAAUCACCCACCAACACACAGUGAAACCCAGGCUACCUAAGUAUGAUUCUCAAUCAGAGACAACUAAUGACACCUGCCUCUGAUUGAGAACCAUACUAGGCCGAAACAUAGAAAUUCCCAAAACCUAGAAAAACAAACAUAGACAACCCACCCAACUCACGCCCUGACCAUACUAAAUAAAUACAAAACAAAGGAAAUUAAGGUCAGAACGUGACAGUACCCCCCCCCCAAAGGUGCGGACUCCGGCCGCAAAACCUUGACCUAUAGGGGAGGGUCUGGGUGGGCGUCUGUCCGCGGUGGCGGUUCUGGCGCGGGACGCGGACCCCACUUCAACAUUGUCUUAGUCCGCCUUAUUGUCUGCCUCCGUGGCUUUCUCACCAUGGCCACCCCUCUCAAUGACCCCACUGGACAGAGGGGCAGCUCGGGACAGAGGGGCAGGAGCUCGGGACAGAGGGACAGGAGCUCGGGACAGAGGGACAGGAGCUCGGGACAGAGGGACAGGAGCUCGGGACAGAGGGACAGGAGCUCGGGACAGAGGGACAGGAGCUCGGGACAGAGGGACAGGAGCUCGGGACAGAGGGACAGGAGCUCGGGACAGAGGGACAGGAGCUCGGGACAGAGGGACAGGGGCUCUGGCGCCUCUGGGCUGAGGGGCUCUGGCGCCUCUGGGCUGAGGGGCUCUGGGGCCUCUGGGCUGAGGGGCUCCGGCAGCGGCGCCGGACAGGCGGGAGGCUCCGGCAGCGGCGCCGGACAGGCGGGACGCUCCGGCAGGAGGCUCCGGCAGCGGCGCCGGACAGGCGGGAGGCUCCAGCAGCGGCGCCGGACAGGCGGGACCACCUGCAGGGAGGAGACAGAGAGACAGCCUGGUGCGUGGGGCUGCCACAGGAACCACCAGGCUGGGGAGACCUUCAGGAGGCUUGGUGUUAGGAGGAGCCUGAAAGACUGGGCUGUGGGGGAGCACUGGAGCUCUGGUGCGCAACCUUGGCACCACUUCCCCAGGCUGGACAACUACUCUAGCCCGGACCCUCCAGAGUGCAGGCACAGGUUGAACCGGGCUGUGGGUAAGCACGGGAGAUCUAGUGCUUACUACACGCACCUCUCCCUUUGGCUCCACUCCCACAUUUGCCCGGCACGAGCGGAGCGCAGGCAGAGGACGCACUGCACCCUCCCAGCGCCCCGGAGACACAGCACGCAGAGCCGGCGCAGGAUAACCUGGACCAAAACUGCGUACCGGCGACCAGACCCGCUGAGCAGGCACCAUACGCCCUGGCUCAAUGCCCACACUCGCAUGGCACUCAAUGCCCACACUCGCAUGGCACUCUCGGGGGGCUGCCCUAUAGCGCACCGGGCUAUGGGCACACACUGGCGACACCGUGCGCUUAACCGCAUAACACGGUGCCUGACUGUAAUGCGCUGCUUAUCAUAAGCACGAGGAGUGAGCUCAGGUCUGCUACCUGGCUUAGUACCACACCUCGUGUGCCUCCCCCCAAAAAUAAUUUGGGGCUGCCUCUCGUACUGGCUUCGCCAACCUCAUUCUCCUGUAGCCUUCCUUGCACUGCUCCAUCGAAUCCCAGGCGGGCUCCGGCACUCUCCCUGGGUCGACCGCCCACCUGUCUAUCUCCUCCCAAGUCGUGUAGUCCAGAUUCUGCUCUGAUGCUGGCCGCUGUUGUUGCUGCUGCUGCUGCUGUCGUCGCUGCGGUUUUUUACCACGCCGCUCAGCUUUCGCUGCCUCCAGCUCUGCUUUAGGGCGGCGAUUUUCCCCAGCCUGUGCCCAGGGUCCCUCUCUGUUCAGUAUCUGCUCCCAUGUCCAGGAGUCCUGUGAUGCUGGCCGCUGUUGCUGCUGCUGCUGCUGUCGUCGCUGCGGUUUUUUACCACGCCGCUCGGUCCUUGGUGGGUGGGUGAUUCUGUAAAGGUUUUCCUCCUCUUCGUCUGAAGAGGAGGUGUAGCAAGGAUCGGACCAAGAUGCGGCGUGGUAAGUGUCCAUGGUUGUUUAUUUAAAAACAUGAACUGAACACUCAAUGAAUACAAAACAAUAAACGUGAACAAAACCGAAACAGUACCGUGUGGCGAACAAACACAGACACGGAAACAAUCACCCACCAACACACAGUGAAACCCAGGCUACCUAAGUAUGAUUCUCAAUCAGAGACAACUAAUGACACCUGCCUCUGAUUGAGAACCAUACUAGGCCGAAACAUAGAAAUUCCCAAAACCUAGAAAAACAAACAUAGACAACCCACCCAACUCACGCCCUGACCAUACUAAAUAAAUACAAAACAAAGGAAAUUAAGGUCAGAACGUGACACUGUGCAUAAGCACGGUCUAAAGUUUGCGGGAAGGUGAACAUAUUUUCAUGUCAAGUUCAGUUUUUAUAAAUGCCAACUUCUGCUUGAAAACUGACACACGCAUGUUUUAGGGUCCGUUUUAGACAUAUGCACGGUUUAUAAAUGAGACCCCAGACCAGGGUUUGAGAAAUCAAUUAGAGAAGAAUUCCUUCUUCGUUGUAAAUUAUCUCAAUCUAAAGGCACAACCUAGAUUGGAUCGAAUGUCUUUAGUUGAACAUGUUAUUACUCGAACCUAGUGAAAGUGAUAAACUGACACGUUUAUAUUUUUGUCAAAAACUACUUUAUAUCGAAAGUGUCUUUGAUUUGACGGCUUGAACAUGCGCAGAUCAUCUCGAGACGCCAGUUAGACCCGAUUUUACGUGUUUCUACGUAUGAGUCGCCAUGACAUCACCUACAAGUGUGAUCUAGGAUUUCUAUUUCUAUUGGUGAAUCAGUCUUCAUACUGUGCUCUUUCGUAGAACUGACAUCGCUACAUCACCACAAGAGGCCGUCAUUAUCUAACUAUUUGCAAAUUUCUCAAAGUUGAUCAUGAGUUUUUUACAGUUUUUUGUUGUUGCAGUGAUUCAAUUCAGCAAGACAUCAUUUACAAAUUGAAAGGUCAGUUCAUCUCGAUACUUCAAAACUCCUAAGAAGUUCACAAAUCCAGUGUGUGGGUCUUCCAGUGAGUUGGAGAUGAUUGAGGAAACAUGG